AUGUAUUCAGAGUUCAUGGAUUCAUUCAAUGAUGAUAAGUACUUCAAUUUCAUAUCAAGUUUAGUGAAAAAUGGAAUUACAUCCUCAACUUACACUAAAAGAACAGAAGUUAUAAUGCUUUAUUUAAAACCAGAAUUACAACUGUUGCAAUAUAACAUCGCAUUAGCUAAAUGUGAUGCUACCAUGGGUCAUGUUAUGAAAGCUUUGCUAAAAGAUUACCCAACAAUUGAAGAAUUUUCAAAAUGUUCUUCCAACAUUUGCAUAAAAACAUCCAAGUGGCAAGUUAUGUAUUUAACGUAUCAGACGGGAAAAAACGGAAACUUAAGUGGCUUACAGCAAUUCAUCAAAGAACGCACUGGUGUGGAGUAUUUGGAAUGUAGUGAGAAUUGUGAUGGUAUGAAAGCUGUACAUUCAAAAAUAUCAACCCACCAUUUAUUUAUUGAUGUUUUGCAAUGGGAAGGUAAUGAUCUAACUUCAUCCAUGUGUAGUACUGAAGCAGCUAGCAUGGUUCAAGUAAAGCUGAGUGAUAUUCCACAGAUACUUGUGUAUGAAAGCAUCACAUUUGAGCUUCGUGGUGCUAUACAUUUCUAUAAAGGAAAAAAUGGAUUGAGAAAUUCGAUAGGCCAUUAUACAGCUUAUGCUAAAAGAGGUACGCAUAACUGGGAAUUGUACGAUGAUCUCAAAAAAAGGCCAAUUCCAGUAAAGGAAAACAGUUUAAUAUUAUGUGAAUUUUUAAUUUACACGAUUUAA